CGGAAACCUCUUGGCCAAGUCCGAGGUCGAUGCAUCCCAAAGCCCGGUAAUAAAGUCACGAGAAUGCUACCGUCAUGGCUUUCAAAGGCACCAUGUGCAGCAGUGCUCAAGGCAGCGGACGACGACGUGCGACCAACCGGCGUACAGACGAUUGCCAGUCCGCGCUCUAGCCGCGCGCCUGAUGCGACGACGGGGCCUCAAGGCACUUUGGCCGACACCGCAAAUCAACUGUUGCCGAGUCGAGCAGCACCAGAUAUCAUGGAGCACUUUCCAUUGCUGCCGCUGGGCCUCAUUCCUACGCUCGAAAGCCACGUGCUGGCCGACUGCAAGGUCAAGCUGCAAGCGCUCCUCCAAACGCUCACUGACGACCCGGACGACAUGAGCCUCGGUCACUAUGUCAAGAAGGAAGUGGCCGUCAUUGUGACCGAGAUGGAAGACCGACGCGCGCGCCAGCGCAUUGCAGAUCUCGUUCUGGGGGUAAAGACGACGUCACUGGUGGAAAUCGGCGCCAAACCUGCCGCUCCGGAGCACAUUUCAAAAUCCAUGGGCCAACAUCAGCCAACGCUUGCAAGGGCCCCAGCAGCAUCGCCAACACGUCCAUCGCAACUGACGCCGGCUCAAAAUGCACCAACCCACGCCAGCACGCUUCCAGCCACAACCAAGCCGACGGUAUCCAAACCGGCGCCAUCAGCAAAGGCUGUUGAGACGACACCCCCCGACGCGUCGUACGGUGCACCUCGUCGGCUCUCGAUCAAGGAGAUGCUCGCCAAGGCGAAAGCGUCGCGCGUUGCUGCGAAUGACCCAAGCGUGCGCUUCAUCAUCCAGAACACAGGGUCGCUCAAGCUCAAGAAACGCGGAAGAGCCAAGCCCAAGGCGCCGAAAGAGGAGACGCCCGAGGAGCGACUUCAAAAGCAAAAAGAACUCCGGCGUCAAGCCGCCCACGACCGCCUCGUUGCACGCCAGGCCAAGAUGGCGCUGAAAAAGCAGCAGGAGCUCGCACGCCGCAAGGCACUCAAAGAAGCAGCUAUCGCACAGUACCAAGACGAUGCGUCGAGCGAUUCGGCCAGUGACAACGACGCAGCAAGCUCCGACUCGGACGAAUACGUCGACGAAGCUGUUCACGAGAGUCCCAUCGACCCGUUGCCAGACCCAACGCCGCGUGUUGAAGUCGAGACGGACGAGCGCAUCACGCGUAUCAACAACACGCUGUGCAGCAUUCAAGCUGUCGAAAACUUGGCUCGCAUCCGAUCAGCCAAAGCUACGCGUCACGCUGUCGCACCGCUACCCGAAGAGAUUCUGUUGCCGACAACCAAUGUGAUGGCGGCAAAAGCAAACCACGAAGACUCAGAGACCAGCGAAGCACCAACCACGGACUCGAGUGCACCUUCCGGUUUCGUUUCUCCAUCCAAAGUCGACUGCGACAGACCAACGGCGAACAAUCUCGAGACCCCGUCACCUGCCGUCGGCGAGGACACGGACAAUCUACUCGUUUUGAAUGAACCGUCCAAUGAAGACGGUACUACAAGAGUGGACAACGAGUCGCAGGGCUCUCCUGCCGCCGCCGACGACGACACGCUCUCGCCCAGUCGCAGCAGCAACAACCGUUGUGACGUCGAUUUGACAGAGGGCGACAGCAACGACGACGACGACAACGAGAUGGAAUAUGAAGAAGAGGCGCCGCCGUACGUGCCCCCCGUGUACGACAAGGCGACUUUUCACUCGUCGAUUCCGAUGCAGCUGCUCGAGAGCGCCUUGGACAAGAUGAGAAAGACCCAAGAGACUUUUGCCGCUCCACCGUUACCCGAGUGGUUCCAGGCACAACGCGAGUCGGUCGAGAAGCUAGUGACCCCGCGUGCGACUCUACCGUCUCCACGACUGGCAUCAACCAUAGGCCAAGCGCGCCAGAUCCUAAGCGAUCUCGUGGCGAGCCAGAAUCAAAUCAAAUCGUAUCAAGCAAGCGUCGAGAGCACGCUAGCGUCCCUCGCGCCGCCGCCGCCGCGUGCAUUGACACCGGAAUUGGCACCGAACGCACUGCGCCCCAAGUCGUCGAAACCGCGGCUCGCACCACGACCCACCGCAGCACGUAACACCACCACCAACCAAUCAAACCAAGAAACGAACGAGCCCACGUUGCGUCGGUCGGCCAAGUCGACGCCGCGUCUGCACGCCAAAGCAGCGCCCGUCUUGCCGCUCGUCCAGUCCAUGCCACCGGCAUCGAUGGUCGACUACUCGAAAUACUACAAGAACUUUCUCUGCAUCAUGACAUCAUUUUACGAAAAGUCGUCGACGACCAAUCCAAAAGAAGCCCUUUUGCAAGGCGAGACGGCGCUGCGCUUCCAACUCAAGCUCUACACCAUCUGGAAGAACGUCAUGCACGACUACGCGACCGUGUUUGGUGUCGACGGCUUGCUCAAGACGAGCCGCGCUGCUUCGUACGUGUACGAUGGCGCGCAGUCGACGCCGUUUACUGCACAAUAUCGUAUCAACUCGUCGUCGCGGCUUGAAGUAUUUGGGAUUGUGGCGCAGGCGCUGAAAAAGCUGCCCGACUGGGAGGAAUUGCCCGUGGACCUUGGUCUGAACACAACGUGGAAUCUCUUAUGGACGUGGAGCAAGCCCCGCGUCGAUCGUCAAACGCUCUUGGUGUGGCAAAAAGUCAACCACUUUGCCGGCGCCAAAGCCCUCACGCGCAAGGACAUGCUCAAGAAAAGCUUACAUCGCUACACGUCGCUCGGUGGCGAACGUCUCAAGAGCUUUGACAUUGCCCCCGAGACGUUUAUCUUACCAAACGACUACAUUCCGUUUGUGCAAGCCUUCAAGAAACGGGGCGACGCGAUCGGUCAAGCCAAGAACGUCUGGAUCAUGAAGCCCGUCGCGCUCUCGCGAGGGCGUGGCAUCUCGCUCCUCAACGAUCUUGGGCAAGUGGCCUACGGCGAAGCCGUCGUCGUGCAAAAGUACAUUGAGAACCCGCUCUUGCUCGACGGCUUCAAGUUUGACUUGCGGCUCUACGUUUUGGUCACGUCCUUCAACCCGCUCGAGGCCUUCUUCUACCAAGAGGGCUUUGUGCGCAUUUGUACGCACCGCUACUCGACCGACGCGACCGACAUCAACGAUCUCUUCAUGCACCUCACCAACAGCAGCAUUCAGAAAUACGGCGACAUGGACCAAGUCACCGACAACCCCGUCAACAAUGCCUCCACGACCGAAGCCGGUGGCACGAAAGCGAGCUUGGCGUAUCUCUGGUCGCGGCUCGCGGCCGUCCACGCCCCUGUGGAGAAAAUCAAAGAAGACAUCAUCCACGUCAUCCUCAAGUCGCUCGUGGCCGGCGAGGACGCGAUUCCGUACCAAGUCAAUUCGUUUGACGUGUUUGGCUACGACAUUUUACUCGACGAGGCGUACCGGCCGUGGCUCAUCGAGAUCAACUCGUCGCCGUCCAUGGCGCGCGAAAACAACUUGGAUUACGUCAUCAAGGACGCGCUCAUGCACGACACGAUGCGCGUGGUGCAACCGCUGCACUUUGAUCGCGCGGCACUCAUCGCAAUCCUCCAGCGCCGAUUGGACGACAUUGCCAAGGAGCGCAAACGCCCCAAUUUGCUCCACCCGCUCGAGGCCGAAGAGCGGACAAAGCGCCAGCUGAACGCGGAUCUGCACGAUAUUUUGCACGGCGCCGUGCCCCGCGACUACGGCGAGCUCCCGGACGAGCUCGGGAACUUUCUUCGCAUUGCGCCGAGUCCAUGGCACAACACGGUCAUGAAGCUCAAGCGCAGUUGCUUUCGCGACAAGCCACCCAAGACAUAGUUGAGUGGAUAAUAUAGUGAACGUCUCAGUCGCACGCAUCUUCGUCGCUAA